AUGAUUUCAACACUUCCCACUGAUUGUCUUAACAAAAUUUUCGAGUGCUUAGAGAAAGACAAAGCUACUUUACAUUCUUGUUUACUUGUAAAUCGUCUUUGUUGUAGAAUUUCCGUUGAAAUAUUAUGGAGAAAUAUUUGGGAUUUUAAAUGUAUUGACCAAAUUAUGAGGACUCUAAUCGAUUGUCUUCCUAAUGAAUCAAAAGACUUAUUAAUUAAUAAUGGAGUCACUUCAAUUCCAAUCUCAAAUCCUCCAUUGUUUAAUUAUGUAUCAUUCUGCAAAGUUCUUUCAAUUCCACAUCUAUUAAUUGGCUAUUGCACAUAUAUUGAAAUUUUAACCAAAGAUCCAAAAAACUAUCUGAUAAUCCAAGAAAUAUUGAAAAUGUUUAUGAAACAAAUUUCUUCUUUAAAAAAAAUGGAUUUUUGUUUUUUUGAAGAUGAUUAUGAUUAUUAUUAUAGUUUUUAUGAAAAAUAUAAUUUUUUAAAUUUUAUUAAUUUUCCUGGAGCAAAUGAUUGUUUAAAAAAUCUUUCAGAAUUGAUAUGUGACUCAUACAUAAAUUCUGAAUUUUUUCUUCAACUAUCUAAAAUAUGUCACAAUAUAAAUUCUUUAGUUAUAAAAUUUGAAGAAACUGUUUCAGUAGUUGGAAUAAAUGAUUUGAUAUUUUGUCAAAAUAAUUUGAAAUCCAUAUCAUUCACCUGUAAUAAUGGUAGGGAUAUUUUUGAUAAUGAUAUACUUAAUUGUUUCAAGGCAUCAACUAAACAUUCAAAUACUCUAACAGAAUUAUUCUUAUAUGGAAUAUCACUACCAUCCACUUUUACUAAAAUUAUAUUUUCAAACUUAAGAGCUUUAAAAUUAGUUUUUUCAAUUAAUGUUGAUACAUUGAUUAAAUUUUUAGUAAAUAAUGGAAAGAAUUUAGAAGAACUUUCUGUAUUUCGUUGUGAUAAUAAUUCAUUAAAUUUAGCUAUAGCUAAUUAUUGCCAAAACUUAAAAUCAUUAUAUAUUCAUUUUCCAUCUAAUGGAAUAGAAGAAUUAAAAAUGAUUUUUGUUAAUUGUCAGCAAUUAGAAAGUAUUAUAACUUCUUGUGGUUAUACACAUUUAAGCGGAAAAAGACUGUUAGAGCUUGUUGCUAAAUAUUCUCCUAAAAAUUUUCAUGAAUUAAAAUUACGUGAAGCAAAUUUAAAUUCAAAAGAUCAUUUAGAAUCAUUUUUUAGUAGUUGGAAAGAUCGUAUACCACUAAAACCAUUUUCACUUAUCAUUAAUGGUAAUGGUAAGGAUCCUUUAAAUAAUAACAUAAUCAGGAAAUUAGUUGAAAAAUACAAAGGAUUGGGUGUUAUUAAAAAAUUUGAGAACUCAAACAAAUAA